AUGUUGUGGCCCAAGUUAGUUUGCUUUGCAUUGGUCAGUCUGGCCUUUGGCCAACUUUACCAGGUAGCCAGCGAGGAUACCAUCUCCGUUUGUCCCACCAACUUCACCCGAGUGGCGGACAAGUGCCUCCUGGUGGACGGGAGCUGGAAGAACUUUUACGAAUCGGAUCGCCACUGCCGAUCCAUCAACGCCGGUCUCCUGAGCAUCAAGAACCAGACGGAACUGAAUGCCAUCAACCAAUGGCUCCCAGUGGUUGCCCAAUAUCAACUAGAGUUCUGGACAGCCGGCAAUAAGUUGGGCCAAGUUAGGGACGACUACUACUGGCAGAGCACCGGGGAGCAGGCCUUCUAUCUGCCCUGGAACACGGGACAGCCCACUCCCGCCAGCGGGGAUUGCCUCACCCUGUUGGCCAACUAUAACCUGACCUCUGAGGCAUUCGUUAUGGAUCCCCAUCGCCUGACCGUGAAGAACUGCACCCAGUGGGCACCCCACAUCUGCCAGACCCCGUUGCAAGUGUUCAAGACCCAGCUGUGCCUCAAUACCAGUGCUUUCUUCGAGGCCAAGAUUCCCGUUUAAGUCUUUUAAAAGAAAAGGGAGAUAUUGACAAUAUUAAGUACAUUUCAUUAAAUAGUGCUGCUCAAAUUAAA